UUUUUUUUCUCCCGUUAGAAGGGCCUCGCUUUCAGUUCGCCGAGUAAAGCCGUUUCAUUGUCAUCGUCUAGUCUUUGUAUUAUGGUGGGUUGCGUCUUCCGGCCCCCCGCCGUCUUCUCCCCACUUCCAAAGCCCCCAACGUCAAGGCCUCGCCAGGCAAUGGCCGCCAACCGCUCGACCUCCGGCCUCACAGUGGAACGGAAGCUCCCUGUACUGCUCUUCGACGUCAUGGACACCAUCGUCCGCGAUCCCUUCUACCACGACAUCCCCGCCUUCUUCCAGAUGUCCAUGAAAGAACUCUUAGAUACAAAGCACCCUACUGUAUGGGCUGAAUUUGAGAAGGGGUUGAUUGAUGAGAACGAUCUUGCUAAAAAGUUCUUUAAAGAUGGAAGACCAUUUGAUUUGGAAG